UUUCUCACACUUAGGAACAAACGUUUAACAUCCAAGAUCAAAGCUCUACCUCCCCAAUCCAAAACUCCAUAGUCUCCUCCCUAUUUCAACUCCUCUCCACCAUGAACAGCACCAAUCUACCCGACCCGAAUCCGCUCCAACCCGAUCCACUAUCCAACCCAUACACAUCCCUAAACACCCUAACCCACUCCCUUUCCGAUCUCCAUUCCUUAGCCACCCGAGGCGCGUGGAAAUCAAUCCUCGAUAAAAUCGCCCACGCGCGCUCCCUUAACCUCUUAAAUAAACCACACGAACACCUUACUUACUUAACCUUCAAUGUGUUAGCACUAACUAAACUCCGUCGCCACGUGGACGCUAAUCAAGAACUCGAUACCUUACUUGAAAAUGGUGAACAAGAUGAUUUUAAUACCCCGCAAUUUUAUUACCAGAAUUACCCUAAUCAUUACCCUAAUAUGAAGGGUAAUUUUGUCCCUUUUGCCCUACGUUGGCUACAUGCUUAUCUGCCUUACUCUCUCGGUCAACGGAUGAAAUCGCUGGACAGGUUAUAUACACUUAUUGAUUUUAUUAGAUCGAAAAAACUCACAACUUUAACGAGCCCCAGCAAAGAUUUGUGGAAAAGAAGGGAGAUUUUGGUAUUGAAUACGAUAAUUAGUCAUCAUUUGAGUCAAAAAGAUUUCAAAUUGUGUUUGGAUUUGUUGAAUGAGUUGAUUGGAAUAUGUGGGGAUGAUGAUCCGAAUGUGUUAUCGAAAUUAGGGUAUGUGAAAAUGCAGUAUGGAGACGUGGAGGGGGCAAAAAAGACUUUUAACGCGGUGGAGGGAAUGAUAACGAGUGAAAGUGAAGUGGGGUUGAGAAAUUUGGUGAGUAGGAGUAAGGCAUUGAUGUAUAUAGUGGAAAAAGAUUAUGUCUCUGCAGUUAGGGAGUACGAAGAGUGUAUCGAGAGGGACGGAAUGGAUAUGGUGGCUAUGAAUAAUAAGGCUUUGUGUUUGAUGUAUUCGAGGGAUUUAUCGGAUGCUAUUAAGGUGUUGGAGAAUUCUUUGGAGAGGGUUCCGACAGUAGCGUUGAAUGAGACACUUGUGGUGAAUUUGUGUAGUAUGUAUGAAUUGGCUUAUGUUAAUCAUGCUGAUAUUAAGAGGACACUUAACAAUUGGAUUGCUAGAGUUGCUCCCGAUGAUUUUGACUCGUCUUGUACUCGAACAUGAGGUAUUUGGUCUUUGUAGAUGUAAUUGAGAAUGAGAAUUCAGAUAACAUUUUUGUAAUUUCGUUUCCUCUUUCUGAUUGUGUGACUGUAUUUUGUGAUACAUUUUUGUUGGUGUCUUAGCAUUUAUAUCUUUUUGUGGUGGUGUUAGAAAGAAGACCUCUGUUGUUUCUUUCUGAUUCAACUUAUAGCUCAUUAUUUUGGGUGACCUGAUUUGUGAUUUAUUCUCAGCGUUAGAGAAGUAAGAGUAAACUGCUUGUAUUUCCGUCCAUAAAUGAUGAUAUCAUGAAGUUAUCCUCAAGAA